AUGACCGCGUCCAACAUGCGGCUCAUUCCGCUGACUCUUAUCGCGGCCCUGCUGGCGAACGUUGCCCUUGUCAAUGGCUACAGUGUGUACAUCAAUGUCACAUCGGAGGCCCCCACCGACGUCGUCCAGGCCAGCCGUUCCGAUCCGGCGUUGCCAUUUCCCGUGGUUCUGGCCUUCGCCGCUCCAGUCAUCGCCUUGGCCUUAGGAGCACUCAAGCCCGUACUCUUGGCCGUGGGUCUGAUCUUCCUCACGUUUUUCGGCCUCAUGUUCGUUCCCGUCUUGGGUGAGGCACUACAAGCCAGCUUACGUGAAUUCGGCUCGGCCCUCACGGAGUCCUUGCCGCCGAGCCUGGGCCGAGACAUGCUUCCAGUCGUUGGCUUGGACACCGAGGCCUGCCGGACCCGAGCCGUAUGCGAGAUCACCGAGGAAGCGGUACGCAAGCACCCGACUGUCGCGGCCAUGCUGCGAUCACUGACCGCCGCCGUUCAAGCGCACGGGAACAGCGAAAGCCUCCUGAAGGGAUUGCUCGGUGGACUGUCCGGUCUCGGCUGCGAGUCUCUAUACCCGACGUGCGCGCAGUCACCGUUCGACGAGUUCCUCGAGAUGCACUAG